CUUCUUAGUAUGAAUGUGUGGUGGUGUCUUAUCCAUUGAAAGAGGAAAAAUAAUAAAAAUGUAUUAGGAUGUAAAGUAGUGGAGCUAUUUAUGAUCAUCACCUCCAUCGCUAAUUUUGUUGCGUAGCUUUUGUGAAGCUACAGAAAUCAAUCAGAGAUGGAAGAGAGAGAGAGUGGAUGUAGGCAUGUGUUAAUGAUUCCAUACCCAAGCCAGGGCCACAUAAACCCAAUGCUCCAAUUCAGCAAGCGCUUGAGCAGCAAAGGAGUGAGAGUCACAAUGGUCACAACCACUUUCAUUUCCAAGUCCAUGCAUCUUCAAUCUUCCUCCUUACUUGGCCCUGUUCAACUUGAUUUCAUAUCAGAUGGCUAUGACCAAGGUGGCUUUGCUCAAGCUGAUAGCAUAUCAACUUAUUUGUCUCGCAUGCAAGAAGUAGGCUCCAACAGCUUGAGGGAACUCAUCCAAAAACACAAUUCUUCUGAUCACCCUAUAGAUUGUGUGGUUUAUGACUCCUUUUUGGUAUGGGUAUUGGAUGUUGCCAAAGAAUUUGGGUUACUAGGAGCUUCUUUUUUCACUCAAAUGUGUGCAGUCAAUUACAUAUAUUACUAUGUCUACCAUGGACUUUUGAAGGUUCCCAUUUCAUCACUACCUAUCUCUAUUCCAGGGCUUCCUUUGCUUGAUCUAAAUGACACACCAGCCUUUGUUUAUGAUCCUGGCUUCUAUCCAGCUUACUUUCACUUGGUCAUGAAUCAAUUUUCUAACAUCCACAAAGCAGAUAUUGUUCUUGUCAAUUCCUUCUACCACCUGGAGGAUCAGGUGGUGGAUUCCAUGUCGAAGGUAUGUCCAUUAUUGACAAUUGGGCCAACAGUUCCAUCCUUCCACUUGGACAAGGCAGUCCCAAAUGACACAGACAAUGUUUUGAAUCUUUUUCAAUUAGACUCAUCAGCCAUUAGUUGGCUCCAAGAAAAGCCUGCAGGGUCAGUUAUAUACGUAUCAUUUGGCAGCAUGGUGUGCUUAAGCUCACAGGAGAUGGAGGAGAUAGCAUGGGGCCUAAUGGGAACUGGUUUCAACUUCUUGUGGGUGAUCCCUGAUCUGCAGAAAAAGAAUCUCCCAAAAGAGUUGGGGAAGGAAAUUGAUGCAUGUGGAAGGGGUCUGAUAGUUAAUUGGAUCACCCAAUUGGAAGUGCUAUCAAACAAGGGUGUUGGUUGCUUUUUCACACACUGUGGAUGGAAUUCAACAAUUGAAGCAUUGUGCUUGGGGGUGCCCAUGGUUGCACUACCACAGUGGACUGAUCAGCCCACAAAUGCAAAAUUUGUUGAGGAUGUGUGGAAAGUGGGAAUAAGAGUCAGGGUAAAGGAGAAUGGGAUUGUAACAAGAGAAGAGAUUGAGAAUUCCAUCAGGGUAGUGAUGGAAAAGGACCUUGGAAGAGAAAUGAGGAUUAAUGCUAAGAAAUGGAAGAAAUUGGCAAUAGAAGCAGUGAGUCAGGGUGGCACUACAGACAACAACAUCAAUGAAUUUAUAAAUAAUCUGAAAAGAUCCUAAACAGUUGAGUCUUUGGAAUUGACUUGUGUGAUAAUUUAUUUUCCUCCUGUCUUUCUAGACGACAUUAUAUAUUUAUAUCAUAGUGUGUGAUAUUAUAUAUCUUCUCUUUCUAUGCUCUGAA